AUGGCCGUAACGUCGACAUCCAAACAUGGCUACCCGACCGAUCUCCUAUGGGUCAAUCAUGAUGCGCUGAAUAUGAAAGCACAGCCCCACCGGCAACGGGUCUUCAGCCACAUCCAACAACGGUACCGACCAUGGCAGAGACGCGAUUCUGCCCUGAAGCUAAGAAAGAGCGUGAAACUACCCACAUCCGGCUCUCGAGAGCAUUCCUCGGAGAGCGAGGAGGACCGCUCAGAGUCGUCAAGCAGUUCCCCCGCCUCGUCAUGUACUUCUUACAGUUCAGAGCCUCUGACCAGCUCGGAGAGGAGCCCCGGGCUUGCGGUGUAUGAUGUCAAGUUGUUUCAAGGGAACUCUGAUCCUUUCAACGCUUAUCCGGUGCCCAUCUCGCCGAGAGUCAACGAUAUUUUGAGAUUUUACCGGGACAUCGUCAUACCGUCACAAUACCACACCGGGUCGGAUGGAUGGAGAACGCUCGACGCCGCCAGGGAUGACUGGAGAGAUGUCGUCCGUUCGCUGUAUGAGAAGGGUGGCGCGCUGGGAUUCCUCGCACGAUGGGCCCAGGUCGCGUCCAAUGUCACCGACAAUUCCGAGCUCGCCGUCCAGAGUUUACGUUUUCGAUCUCAGAGUACCUCAAUGCUACUGCGGAAAAUGCAGCAGGGCUCCGGAUUUGUGUCGAGGUCGUCUUACUGGCACAUCAUCACGUUGUAUAUGGCCGAGGCGCAAGCUGGAAACGCCGACGGGGCGUGGCUCCACGCAACGAUGCUGUCUCGGGCAUUGAAAUACGAGAGUCAACAGGGGCAAGUCGACAUCACGUCUCUGCGAUCCUUCAUGUACAAUGAAGCUUGCGCCUGCUGCAUGUUCCUGCGCAAGCCCGUUCUAGACUAUGACGGCUGGGUUUCGGAUGUGUUCAAGACACCUUGGGCAGAAGGCAGAAAGGAAUUGCCGGCCAUGCAGCUGUCGUUCUCGACAUCGCUGGAUCCCUCCGUUGAGGAUGAGUUUCUUGUGGACAUGUUCAUUCAGGAGCGCGAAAGCCUUGCAGUCUGGAGGCACGGUUCCGAAAGAGGGGACGGCCUGUCUCCCGCCGUGUUCACCUGGUGGUGUUCCAGCCAUCUGGUCAAGCACACGAGACUCGUGAAGUACGCGCUUGACCGCCUCGACGAGGCAAAGCAAGGGAAAGGCCCGCAAUCGCACCUCCACAAGAAGAACGCCUACCUCGCGUUGACUGCGGUCUACUGGACGCGCCUGAUUGCUGGGGACGAGACUCUCCUCGGCCGGGAGAUCUAUCAAACGAAGAAGCCUUUGCGAACCCUGACGAGGCAGCUUCUGGAGAAAGAGCAAUUGGUGGUGGAGUUUACCGGAUCGAUGAAAUACGCCAACGCACGACUGUGGGCUCUUUACGUCGGGGCGCAAGCAGAGCAUGACCACCUGGGCAUUCGGCGAUGCGAUGAGAGCUGGUUCAGCGACCAGUUUUCCCUUCUGGUUGCGCAGAUGAACUUGUCCUCCUGGGAGGCCAUUCGCUUGAUUCUUGACGGCUUCCUGGAUUGCGAUGUCGUCGAGCCCCACGGUUCCAACUUUGUGCCAGCACUGUUGUCACGUCCUUCCUCAACCACACAAGGUGAUAGUCGGCGGUCGUCCAAGACACCAUGAUCAGAACCAAACCGGGAAGCAGGAGGCCGAUUUUUC